GUCAUUUUACCUAAAUUAAAAGCAUGGGCCUCUUGAGAGCAUCCGUACGGACCAUUUACUCUCGCGGCCCAAUCAUCGUCAACACCAGUAGUGGCACUCUUGAAACGUUCUUCAAUGGAGAAAAUUGCAGUAUCAAAAUGAACUUUUGCCUAUGGAAAAAUAACGAGGAAAGCGAAAGGAUGUUCAGGAUUGCCAGCGGUCGUAGAAGGGUUCAUUAUUAUUGUUACUUCUCUUCUUCCUUGUUUUCACAGUGUCCUCACAACCUCAGCGCUAGCUUUAGCACAGGGCUACACCUCUCAUUAUCUCCAACAGAAUCUCAUUAUUCACAAGAUUAUCACAGACUCUUGUCCAUUCUUCAAGCGUGUAAGAUGUCACCAAAUUUGAGAACUGCAGCUAGCACACAUGCUAAUAUUAUUAAACUUGGUUAUGGAAUGUAUCCUUCUCUUGUUUCUUUGAUGGUAGUGACAUAUGUGUCUUGUGAUGGACUCAAUCUUGCGCGUCAACUGCUUCUUGAAAUUCCUACGGGAUAUUUUGAUGCUGUCUCUGCUAAUUUAAUGAUGGCUAGUUUUAUGAAGAUGGGGGCAGUUGAUGUUGCGAAGAAGAUAUUUAAUGAUGUUCCUCUCCGGGAUUUGGUUACUUGGAACUCACUGAUUGGAGGUUAUGUGAAAAACGACAUGUUUAAGGAGGCACUCAGUGUCUUCAGAAAGAUGCUGAGGUCUAAUGUUGAACCAGAUGGAUAUACUUUUGCAUCUAUCAUUACCACAUGUGCUAGACUGGGAGCCAUCGAUCACGCUAAGUGGGUGCAUCACUUAAUGACAGAGAGAAGGAUUGAGCUAAAUUACAUUCUUUCUGCUGCUUUGAUUGAUAUGUACUCGAAAUGUGGAACAAUUGAGAUAGCUAGAGGAAUAUUUGACAGUGUUGAGCGUACAGAUGUCUCUGUCUGGAAUGCGAUGAUUAAUGGAUUAGCUAUCCAUGGUCUUGCUUUAGAUGCAAUUGAGAUUUUCUCACUGAUGGGGUCAGAAAAUGUUUCACCUGAUGGUAUUACUUUCAUUGGACUUCUAACAGCAUGUAGUCAUUGUGGCUUGGUUGAAGAGGGUCGAAGGUAUUUUCAACUAAUGAAAAGUCCGUAUUUGAUUCAACCACAACUUGAGCAUUAUGGAACCAUGGUUGAUUUACUAGGCAGAGCUGGAGUGCUUGAUGAAGCUUAUACAGUGAUCAAGGAAAUGCCAAUAGAGCCUGAUGCAGUCAUAUGGAGGACAUUUCUCAGUGCUUGUAGAAUUCACAAAAAUUAUGAGAUGGGUGAAGUUGCUAGCACAAAAAUAUCUCAUCUUGGUAGCGGAGAUUAUGUCUUGCUGUCGAACAUUUAUUGUUCAACUAAGAAAUGGGAUAAUGCCGAGAGAGUUAGAUGUGUGAUGAAAUGGAAAGGAGUUCGUAAAAAUAGUGGGAAAAGUUGGGUUGAAGUGGGUAAUGUUGUUCACCAGUUCAAGGCAGGUGACAGAUCACACCCUGAAGCUGAACUAAUAUAUAGAGCUUUGAAUGAAUUGUUCCAUCGAACCAAAUUGGAAGGAUUUAGUUCCACAACUGAGUUGGUUUUGAUGGAUAUUUCUGAUGAGGAAAAGGAGGAAAAUUUGAGUUACCACAGUGAAAAAUUGGCAUUAGCCUAUGGGAUCUUAAAAUCUAGUCCUGGAACUCGUAUUCAAGUAUCGAAAAAUAUUCGUACUUGUCCAGAUUGCCAUUCUUGGAUGAAAAUGGUAGCAAAGGUGUUGAAUAGGGAGAUCAUUGUGAGGGACAGAAUCCGCUUUCAUCACUUUGCAGGUGGUUAUUGUAGUUGUGGGGAUUACUGGUAGCAAUUCUUUGAAGUUCCAAUUGAGUUUGGUAGUUGAUGCUUAAGUAGACAUCUUAUAGUGGAUGUCUCAAAGCUUCUUGUGGCUCUUAUCUUGCCCGUUAAUAGCAUCGUAUCUGCUGUCUGCACUCUUCAUUCAAGCACACCACUUCGAUGAUGACCUCCUCGAGUAGCAGUUGAGUAAAGUGCAUCUGGUUAGAAUCAGUGCCCAAUGGUUUAUUUCCAUAUGCUGCAGCACCACGCUUUGCCAUAUGAUAUGCCCAUCUAUGGAAGAACUUGCGGAAUAUUACAUCCGGGCCAGUUCUUAAAUUAUUUUUUGGUCUUUGAGAAUGAAAGUUGACAUUCAAGUGAUGCAUUGAUUUCAUUGUGGACUUCUCCGAUAAAAGGUGAUUCUGCAUUGCUGGACUUGGACAUGUUAAAAGCAACUCAUCUAUGCAAAUUUCAUUAUACGCAUAUAGAUGUAUAUUUUCAAUGUAUUAGUUUUCCUCAAUGCUAUUAAAAAGAGAGCUACAUCAACUCGAUCAGGUUGAAGAUUUCAGUACAAUUACUUGCCUAGGCGUCCUGUAUAGGAACUAAUUGCAUUUUGCCUCCGUAAGUCUCGGGAAGCUGGCUUUCAUCAAUAUCUUGAAGUAAGGUUGCUGUCAGUCGUUUGUUGUCCACAAAUAUGAUCUGUGAAGAUGAAAAAUAGUUUGGUGAAGAUGAUGUGAUACAAGUAGUAAUCAACAGUCUCACCAAGUUGUCCGUGACAUCAACCGUAAGUGUGACCCACUCUAGAACUCAUACAUCCAGAUUUAUGUGAAACACAAAUAUUUUAGAACCUCACCUUUUUCUUGGUGUUGUUGUCUAUGAAAGGACAUAUUAUCUUCCAUAAUGUGCAAAAUAAGGAAGGAACAUUGACAAGAAGUACUUUGCCAAGUCUUUCUGGAUAGCAAUCCUGCAAAAUAGAUAUCUUUAAGAUUAUGGACUAAAAUAAGGUGAGCCUCGGAAGAAUGAAGUAGAUAACUAGACACUAUUGGUUACUAAACCUGUACGAUGGAUAAGGACGCAAGAUAAGCACGGACAUCACUGUUUGAGUAGCCAAAACUUUGGAGAUCUCCGAUUACGGUAUUUCGUCCAUGGUGGAGUUUGUUACUGAUGUUUUCCUCUGAUUUUGGAAAGAAAAAAAAAGGAGGGUAAUAAAGCUGCUACUAUUAUUUCAAAUGCUGUACCUUGCACACAGUUUGUCCAGACCGAAGACUACAAAACCUGAGGCAAUCAAAGAAAGACUUGGAUGUGAGAAAUUGACUGGUUCAAAGCCCAUUUUCACUGACCAUGAAGCAGUAGGCCAUGUGGAAUUAGAGAUAAAGGUAGAAAGGUAGUCAUACGUUUGAACUCUUCAAGACCUCCUAUUUUGUUUUGAAUAUGCCUGCCACCAAAAACGACAGCAAUAGGACAUCCCUUUUUGUCUACACCUUGCAUGAACAUCUUGUUCUGCGCUAUCUCGUUUGGUACCUCACACACUGAAAUGGAUCCUUUUGGUACAAAGCUUUGCCUCCAUUUAAGGUAUUUCAAGAACAUUGCUGCAGAUUUCUGUAUGUCCAGAUCGCGAGCUCGAAGAAACCUUCUCAAGGCAUAAUCAUCUACUUCCUGCAAACAAAGGUACAUGGAAAUCAUUUCACUUUCGAUUAAGAAGUAUCAAUUUUUAUAGUUAAAAAGGUGAGAGAGAUGCUGCAAUGCUGCAACCAAUUGUAUAAUACCUUGAUAGAAGGAUCUUGCUUUUCAACAAGAGCUCUCAUUAGUUCAA